CCUGCCGCCGGUUCCGGCUCCGGGUGAGCGCGGAGCCAUGACGGGCCGCGGGUCGCCCAGCCGGUUCCUGACCGCCGUGCUGCACAACGGCGUGGGCCGGUACGUGCGGCAGCUCCAGCGCCUGCAGCUCCUCUUCAGCCCCACCGCGGCCGACGCCCGCGGCGCCAGGCAGUUUGUGGAGGAGGCGGCACAGGACUUCGCCCGGCAGCACCCCGAUGUCGUCCUCUACGUGAGCCCCCACUCGGGCCCGGGCCCGGCCCCGGUGCUGCGGGCCGAGUACUUGAACGGGACCGUGUGGGACGAGCUCAUUGCCAGCAAGACGAGUGAGGAGAUCGUGCAGCUGGCCACCAAGCUGGCCAACCAGUCUGGCCUGGACAUCAUCCGCAUCCGCAAGCCCUUCCACACUGACAACCCCAGCGUCCAGGGCCAGUGGCACCCCCUCACCAACAAACCCUCCAUCCUCACCGUCCAGGGCCCACGCCUGCAACCCCAAUAAAACCUCCUCCACCCCCA